UCAACGGAAAUGUUUACAGUUCAUUAACUGAAAAGGUCCAUUCGGGUCCCUUUUAUAUGAGAUCUCGCAUCAUACUACUAUCUUCUUUUGUAUGGUUGGUUUACGUGUACGCUAUACUAUCCGAAUCACAAAAUUGAUUUAGCAAAUAUUGAAAAUUCCAAGAAUGGUAAAAUAUUUCUAUAAGAUUAUGAUACACUGCCUGUAAUUCCAAACCAAAUAUAGUAAAUAAUUAAAAUUAAAAUUUUGUACUGUCAAUAAUUUCCUCUUUUUGUACGAUACAAAGUUUGAAAAGUCAAAAAACAAGUUGUACUGUAGUACUAUAAUAUCGUUACUCUUAUCUCCACACAAACCCAAACAAAAGAGGAAUCUCAAUAAACGCGUAUAUCAAUAAAUAUCAAGCCAGCCCUCUUGUAACAUUGUUAUUCAUUCUCCUCUCAAAGCACCAUUACAAUAGAGCAAAUAACAAAGAAAGCAUGGAUCAUGGUAACAUGCAUGACAUGCCUCCACCAUCAACACCAUCCAUGAUGAACAAUGGAUCGAUGAACGGAGGAGGAGGACAUCACAAGAUGAUGAUGAUGCACAUGACUUUCUUUUGGGGCAAGAACACGGAGGUUCUCUUCUCCGGUUGGCCGGGAACAAGCUCCGGCAUGUAUGCUCUUUGUCUCAUCUUUGUCUUCUUCCUCGCCGUCAUCACUGAAUGGCUUGCUCACUCCUCUCUCCUCCGUGGCACCACCGGAGAUUCCGCUAACCCCGCCUCCGGACUCGUCCAAACCGCCGUGUACACCCUCCGCACUGGCCUCGCUUAUCUAGUCAUGCUCGCCGUCAUGUCGUUCAACGCCGGCGUGUUUCUAGCCGCCCUCGCCGGUCAUGCCAUCGGUUUCAUGUUGUUCGGAAGCCGAACUUUCAGAAAUCCCUCCGGCGACCAGAAAACUAACGAUCCUCCUGCCUCAGGUUGUGCUUGUUAAUUUUCAUAUAUGUACCGACUGAUGCAUACUUAUAUUUUUAAUCAAAGAUCUAGGGGUUGUAGUUUUCUUGAUUGUUCUUGAGGUUAAUGUGAGGAAUAUUUGUUUUGCUAUUACAAUUUUAUAUUUUCUAUUUGUUUUGCUUUACAAUUUUUAAUUCCUUCUUGUUAAUAUGAUUAAUGGCGACAGCUGAAUAUAUCAAUUUGCUAAGUUUGGACACCGGUUUGUUUUC